GCGGUGUGCUGUCCGGAUCACCUCCACUGCUGCCCCAGCGGCUUCCGUUGUGGCCCAUCGGCGGGCACCUGCGUGAAGGACGGGGAGAGCAUCCCUUGGCUGGAGAAGAGACCGGCAAUUGUACGCAUCACCUCUUCAAGCAGGGAUGUCAGGUGUGACGACCAGGUCAGCUGCCCUGAUGGGCAGACCUGCUGCCAGCUGGCCUCAGGCGCGUGGGGGUGCUGCCCUUUACCCCAGGCGGUGUGCUGUCCGGAUCACCUCCACUGCUGCCCCAGCGGCUUCCGUUGUGGCCCGUCGGCGGGCACCUGCGUGAAGGACGGGGAGAGCAUCCCUUGGCUGGAGAAAAGGCCCGCAGUUGUGCACGUCGCAAGGAGCCCCUCAUCCCCGUGGCUCUUGGUGCCUCCGGCUCUGGCCAGGCUGGUGAGAUGCGAUGACCAAACCAGCUGCCCCGAUGGGCAGACCUGCUGCCAGCUGUCCUCAGGCAAAUGGGGGUGCUGCCCUUUCGCACAGGCUGUCUGCUGCGCCGACCACGUUCAUUGCUGCCCCCAGGGUUACACCUGUGAUGUGGCCAGCGGCAGCUGCCACGAGUCCUUGCGCGCCCUGCCUUGGGGACCCAAGCUCCCCGCUGCUGACCCGCUGCAGAACCGGGACGUCCGUUGCGACGACACCACCACCUGUGCGGAGGGGCAGACCUGCUGCAAGAGCAAGGCUGGCACCUGGAGCUGCUGCCAGCUGCCAAACGCUGUCUGCUGUGCCGACCACGUGCAUUGCUGCCCCCAGGGUUACACCUGUGAUGUGGCCAGCGGCAGCUGCCACGAGUCCUUGCGCGCCCUGCCUUGGGGACCCAAACUUCCCGCUGCUGACCCGCUGCAGAACCGGGACGUCCGUUGCGACGACACCACCAGCUGUGCAGAGGGGCAGACCUGCUGCAAGAGCAAGGCUGGCACCUGGAGCUGCUGCCAGCUGCCAAAUGCUGUUUGCUGUGCGGACCACCAGCACUGCUGCCCCUCAGGCUACACUUGCAACCUGAAAGCCCAGACUUGCGAGAAGCAGCAGCAGCCCCAGUCCCCGACAGCCGAGGGAGUGCAGGCCUCGGUCUCGCUGAGUCCGCCACGUGCCGCCACGUCUGGCCGCGAUGUGCCCUGUGACGCUCAGCACUACUGCCACGACCGCCAGACCUGCUGCCAGACGAGCACAGGAUGGGCGUGCUGCCCGUACAACAAGGGAUCCUGUUGCUCUGAUAAGCGCCACUGCUGUCCCUUCGGCUUCCGCUGCUCCUCCUCAGGGCUGCAGUGCCUUCGGAAAGGGCCCCUCCGCUGGGACGCCGACGUGCUCUCCUCACGCUCCAAGCAAGCCCUCCCGCUGCUCUGAAGUGCCUUUUGGGGUGUGCUCGCCCCAAGAUUGAGGUGGGAGUGAGCUGUGCUUCUCCAGGGAGGAAUGCGAGACACGGGAACAAUGUCUGCCACGUUGCUGUUCCAGCUAUUGGGGGGGGGGCAACUCCUGCCGACUUGCCCCGGCCUACAGGGGAGGCAGGCAGCCAUCUUUCCUUCCUGGCACUGUCUACAGUAACAAGCCCACUCUCGUGGCUUGUCCGUAACUCCUUGCCCUGCUGUGGGGUCCACGACCACAAUCAAGACAGCUGUUUGGACUCUGGGGAAAGUUGACCUUUCCGGCCAAGGCGUUUUGUGGGCACCCCGUCUUUUUGCUUUGCUGCUCUCGACCCUGGAUUGUUUUUAAAAAAAUUUCAUGAACUUCUUUUAAUAAUCAGUUUGGCACUGGAUUGGCAGCUGGGGAGAGGCUGCUUGCCCUCCCAGGCACAUUCUCUCUUGCUGAACAUGUUACGAGAUUGCUCCUGGGCUUUUGAAAUGUUGUGAUGUUCCCUGCGUGUGUGUGUGUUGUUUCUCUAAACACCCCUCCCUCCGCCCUGGUUUUAAACUAGCAACCACAACACUGCUGUGCAUGGAAAAACCAGCCUGGCAAUUUGUGAAUCUGACUUGCAGCCCUGGGGCAGGGUUGGGAGAGGAGGAGAUGUGGGUGGGUCUGGUUUUGUGCAACUAAGAGAAAGUUGAUAAAGGCCACUGCUUGUUACCUCCCAGCGUGUCUCACCUUCUCCCCCCGCCCCCCCAUGCAGGGCAACCACAUUCUGUUCCCUUCCCUCCGUCUCAAUGCUGAUCAGGCUCCACAUUUAGGGGGGAGGGGGGAGGAGCUAAUUUAGUUAUCAAAUUCUGAUGCUGUGUGUUCAUGUUGCCAGUGGAAA